ACAAGUUUGCCCCACGUCUGGUUCUUUCCUGUGAUGUUUCUCAAAGACAUGACCUUUUCCAUUGUCUCAACAAGAGAGCUGGCCAAUUUAUAAUUACAACCUUCCUUGUUUUUUUAGUGAUCAACUCAAAAUGCUUUCCACCCAAUCAUUUAUCUCCCCCCAUGAACAACAUCCUCCUCUUUUUAAAUGUCUGAAUGACCUGGCAGCAUCUUUGCCUGGACUAUAAGCUCCUUUUUAAGCAACACUUUUAUUGCUGACUCGCAAAGGUUCGAGGGUGUUCCUAACUUUUUUUUUCUUGGUAAGUAAAGCUUGUAAAAUGGGGAGGCAACCUUGUUGUGAUAAGGUUGGAUUGAAGAGAGGUCCAUGGACAAUUGAAGAAGAUCACAAGCUCAUGAACUUCAUCCUCAACAAUGGUAUCCAUUGCUGGCGAAUGGUUCCGAAGCUUGCAGGUUUACUCAGAUGUGGGAAAAGUUGCAGAUUAAGAUGGAUUAAUUAUCUAAGGCCUGAUCUUAAGAGAGGUGGUUUUACAGAAACGGAAGAGAAUCAAAUAAUUCAACUCCAUUCACGUCUUGGUAACAGGUGGUCUAAGAUUGCUGCACACUUUCCUGGACGCACAGACAAUGAAAUCAAGAACCACUGGAAUACGCGAAUUAAGAAGAGGUUAAAGCUCCUUGGCUUAGACCCUGUGACACACAAGCCUCUUGAGCAAAAUGAAAAUAGUGGUGAUGAUAAAGAUGAGAUAACAUUAGAGUCAAAUUCAUCAAAGGGACAAGAGGAAAGACAGCCGGAGGUUAAGUCCAUAGACGAGGACAAUGAUGCCAAGCAAGAUUUUGUAUCAACAGAGGAGAUAAGGAAUGAGGUUGAAUUAACCUUGGAUGAAACAAAUGAUCUUUUAAACAAUUAUGAUAUCUGGUGUGGAAGUUUGGAUUUGGGAUCAUGGAUGAACCAAGAAACCAACACCAAUACAUCCUACAGUUCUACUUCAUUUUCUCUGGAAAACUCAAGUAACCCUUCCAUGGGUGAAUCCCCCUCUCUACAAUGGGUUGAAAGUGUGGAUUCCAUGCUUUCAUGGGAUGGCUUUAAUCAUCUGGAACAAGACCUUUUUUUCUUGGAAAAUAGCCAAUGAACAUACUCUCAUCUGUCUCCCAAGUUUCUUUGCUUUCUUUUUGAAUGAAAAGUGUCUUUUAGUUUCAUUAACACCGGAGCAAUAAAAUUGUUUAAAAAGUUAGUGUGAAUGAUUGUGAUUGACUAUCAUCAAGUAAGAAACUCCCUAGUCCUUUCCAUUUCUUCCUUGGCCUUCUUGUUGUACUCAAUACUUGGAACUAAUUAUAAUUUAUUAUGAUGGUGUCAUUUUCAUCCA